CGCGGUGCCUGAUGGGAAACUACAAGCUCGACAAACCGCCAUCUUUCUUUACAGCGAGUUAUAGGGCAAAAAAACAACCAAUUUCGAAUGCUUAUUUCUGCAAAAUAGAACCGUUUAAGCAGUUCCACUUAGUCAGUUAUUUUAUAUAACAAGUUUAAACAGAAGCGAGUGGAACGUAACUCCACAUACUGUACUCAUAUCGGACGAAAGGCACAGUAGUUUGGCGUAAGCGCUCGACUUGUGGAGGUGGUUAAUAUGGGCCGCUCUCGGAGCCGCAGCUCGUCCCGGUCCAAACACUCCAAAAGCAGCAAGCACAGCAAGAAACGGAGCCGGUCUCGGUCGCGGUCCAGAGACAGGGAGAGGUCUAAGAAGCGGUCCAAGUCCCGGGAAUCGAAAAGGAACCGCCGCAGAGAAUCUCGUUCUCGUUCGCGGUCCACCACAGCCUCGUCCCGCAGAGAAAGAGCAGCCUCGCCGCCGGAACGCAUCGACAUCUUCGGCAGGACUCUGAGCAAGAGAAACGCCCUGGACGAGAAGCAGCGGAAGGAGGAGGAGGAAAGAAGGGCAGAGAUGGAAAGACAAAGGAAGAUCCGACAGCAGGAGAUCGAGGAGAAGCUGAUCGAGGAGGAGACGGCACGGCGAGUGGAAGAGCUGGUGGCCAAGCGAGUAGAGGAGGAGCUGGAGAAGCGGAAGGACGAGAUCGAGCGGGAGGUGCUGCGACGUGUCGAGGAGGCAAAGCGCAUCAUGGAGCGGCAGCUGCUGGAGGAGCUGGAGAGGCAGCGGCAGGCUGAGUUGGCAGCGCAGAAGGCCAGAGAGGAGGAAGAAAAAUCUAAGCGGGAGGAGCUGGAAAAAAUCCUGGAGGAGAAUAACCGCAAGAUCGCCGAGGCUCAGGCCAAGCUGGCCGAGGAGCAGUUGCGUAUUGUGGAGGAGCAGAGAAAGAUUCACGAGGAGCGCAUGAAGCUGGAGCAGGACCGUCAGAGGCAGCAGAAGGAGGAGCAGAAAAUCAUCCUCGGCAAGGGCAAGUCCAGGCCCAAGCUCUCCUUCUCCCUCAAGGCCACCGAAUGAGACUGCUCCCCGCCCCCCUUCGUCCACCUGCCUUCAUCCCCCAUCCAGCUCUCCCUCCUCGUCCUUCAAGCCCCCUCCCGCUCCUCCGCCCGCUCCUCCCCCUCCUCCUCUCUGGAACGCUCGCUUCGUUUUGGAAGUGCUGAAGGAAGGCCCGAGGGAAGGGGGCUCGACCCGGCGUGCUGACUCGGCCCGCGUCGCUCUCUCCGGCCUCGAAGAGGAGGCCGCUCUUCGCCCUCGAAGGACCCGACUGCUCCUUCAUCCCCGCCGCACAGAUGACUCUUGUUUGUGCUUUUUUUUCAGUUUUAUUUACAUUUUUAGGGAUGUUGAACUUUUGAUGUAGAAUGCUAUAACGUGUCCCUCGCCCUGCAAGUCUUAACUCUGGUGUAACAGCGAGCGGCUGCGGCUGCGUCUGCGGCUGCGCCUGCGCUCUUCUUACAUGUGUUCACAGCCAGCAAACUACAAUAGAACUCCAGUCCCCGAUG